AUAAAAUACAUUAGAAUGUAUAACUUACUACAAUGUUAUAUUUAAACUUUUCAUCAAUGUUUAGUUAAUAGCGUUAGAUUAUAGAUAUUGAGACAUAUUAUUGAAUAAAAUAUGAAUAAAUACUUUUGGCGUUGUCUUGAUUCCAGCAAGAGAAAGAAGAUAAUGACAGAUACAAAUAUUUUUUUAUACUAGCUGAAAACAGAAUAAAAGGGGAAAGAAUUCAGAAAAUGUCUUCCCGUUGCUUUAAAUUACUUCACCAGUAGGUGACGCUGUCUGCUUACAUGCAGCAUAUCCAUGCCAUGUGAGGCACACGUUGACUGGAGCCUAACGACUCCCCGUCUCGUCAUCAUUUGUAACCAUAGAGCAUGAAUUACCUCUUGAAGUCAUCAGUGAGAAUUUACGACUGGUCAACAAAAGCACGUGAUUCCCAAACGCACCCCCACCCCCAUAUUUGGCCGCAUACAUAGCAAAAACGAAGUACAGUGCAUUGCUAUAAUUCAUUAAUACAUCAUAAAUCGUGAAGCACAGCGUUAUAACGACCAAGAUCUACAAAUCAAGCCCUCUAAAACAACCUAAAUGAGCUCUUACUUUGUAAACUCGUUCUCAGGGCGCUACCCAAAUGGCCCCGACUAUCAGUUACUAAAUUAUGGAACUAGCAGCAGCGCUAUGAACGCCUCGUACAGGGACUCCGGCACCAUGCAUUCAGGCUCUUACGGCUACAACUACAAUGGGAUGGACCUAAGCGUCAAUCGUUCAACCAACACUGGCCACUUUGGGGCGGUUGGGGACAACUCCCGGGGCUUCCAGUCUCCAGCCCCGGAGACGCGAUUCCGGCAGCCGUCAAGCUGCUCACUCGCGUCCCCGGAGCCGCUGCCCUGCUCUAACAGCGAGAGCCUGGGACCCAAAUGCUCUUCGCCCCCUUCCGACCAAAGCGCCUCCACCGCGAAUACUAACCUCACCAACAGUACACAUUUCACAGAAAUCGACGAGACCAGCGUUUCAUCCGAGACCGAGGAAGGCUCCCACAGAGCGGCUAACCCAGCUCCCCGGACGCAGCAGAAGCAGGAGACCACGGCAACCUCUACCACCUCGGCGACUACCGAUGGCCAAGCGCCACAAAUAUUCCCUUGGAUGCGGAAACUACAUAUUAGCCAUGAUAUGACUGGACCAGACGGCAAAAGGGCCCGAACUGCCUAUACCCGCUAUCAGACGCUAGAGCUGGAAAAAGAGUUCCAUUUCAAUAGGUAUCUCACCCGGAGGAGGAGGAUAGAGAUAGCGCACGCUCUAUGCCUAUCAGAACGACAAAUUAAGAUCUGGUUCCAAAAUCGGCGGAUGAAAUGGAAAAAGGACAAUAAAUUGAAGAGCAUGAGCCUGGCUACCGCAGGUAGCGCUUUCCAGCCAUAGUGGUAUCGUAUAUCAUGCUACAAGUGUUGUGCAAAUGAAAUCAGGAGGAAAAACCAGAUGAAAAUAGGUUUCAUUACACUAUUACCGAGUACUGUAAAAGCGGCACCUUUCGGCAUGUUGUUGGAUGUUUAGGCAACUUAAAAUUCUACUGUGGUACUGCUAAAAUUACAAGAAAGUUAGUGUUCAUAUGCUGUUCCUUUAAUACUUAUUUCGAGCGGGAGAUUAUAAAAGAGGGGUUUGGGGGGUUUAGAACGCCGCCCGUUGUCCUUGUUAUGAAUAUUGUUUGUGUCAAGUGCUAUGUUAAUGCUUUCUUGAGAGUUAGCAUGUGAGCUCUUAAAUGUUAUAACUUAUUUACUGCCUAUAAACGUGUAUACCAUUGAGUUUACAGCUUAGAGAUGCCUCUGCCCAAAUAUGAAGUGAAGCUCUAGCUUAGUGAUGACUGCAUUAAGUCCAGCAGGAGCCUUUAUGUGUUAUAUGUUUCUAUAUGUUUUGAAGUCAUUGUCUAGAUAAUCUCAUUGGACUUUUGUCAUGUGUUAAAAUUCUUCAAUUAUUUUUAAAAAAGGGGAAUUCUGUAAAUAGUCAUCGCUAGAUUCCUGUAUCCGGUCAAACGUGUGUAUAGUUAUAUUCAAAGUAUGUAAUUGUAUAUUAUUGGAUCAUGUUUAUGUUCCCAAAAAAUAUGUACAUAUUGAACAUUUUUAUUGUGACCAGUUGGCUUUUUGUAGUAGGCAGAGUGAAUGGCAAACGUGUGUGGAAAGCGGAAAAAACCUAAUGUCAUGUCAAACUGCCUGUAAGCAUUUUGCCAAUAAGCUUUUUGUAUUUGUUUGUAGCUUAACUUGGAGUAAAAAAUAAAGUUCCUCAUAUUCAGACCCAAAA